UAAUGAAACAUGUCUGGUAUCGGUUGACAAGAAUGAUCAGUUUGAGUGGCAUAGAAGGUUAGGGCACAUUAGUAUUGGCAUACUAUCGAAACUUGUCAACCUAGGAAUUGUUAGAGGUAUACCAAAACUUUUAAGCAUGAGAGAGUUCUUUUGUGAUGCGUGUGCUAAAGGAAAGCAUACCAGAUCAUCUUUUAAAACCAAAGUUGAUAUUUCCACCUCAAGACCCUUAGAAUUGCUACAUCUAGAUUUAUUUGGACCAUGUAAUGUCAUGAGUCAAGGAGGAAAGUAUUAUGCUUUCGUGAUUGUAGAUGAUUUAUCUAGGUUUACCUGGGUUAUGUUUCUUACAAGCAAGGAUGAAGCUUAUCAAAACUUUAAGGAGUUCGUCAAACGGGUUGAAAAUGAAAAACAAUCAGGGAAUAGUAAGCAUAAGAAGUGAUCAUGGAGGUGAAUUUUUUUCUGAAAACUUUGAAAGUUUUUGCAACAAAAAGGGUAUACCUCAUAACUUCUCUGCACCCAGAACACCUCAGCAAAAUGGGGUGGUAGAAAGAAAGAACAGAACACUAAUUGACAUUGCAAGAACAAUGUUGAAUGACUAUGGCUUACCAAAACAAUUCUGGGGGGAAGCCAUUAAUACAGCCUGCUAUGUCACUAAUAGAGCUCUUAUUAGACCAAAACUAAUUAAAACCCCUUAUGAACUCUGGAAGGAUAGGAAACCGAAUCUGAAUUACUUUCACCCGUUUGGUUGUAAGUGCUUUGCUCUAAAUACAAAAGAUCACUUAAGAAAAUUCGAUUCAAAAUCUGAUGAAUCAAUUUUUCUUGGUUAUGCUACAAAUAGCAGGGUAUAUCGUAUUUAUAACAAACAGACCCUCAAAGUAGAGGAGUCCAUCAAUGUGAUAUUUGAUGAAUCUUGUGGCAAGUGUGCAGAAAGUUUAGAUGAGGAUGAUGACUUCGGAUUGAGAACAACAAACAAAAUUAAUGAAAUUCAGAAUGCUCCAGAGAAAGAGGACUUAUCAUUAGAAAAGGAGAAAUCUGAAGGAGAACAAGGGCAGGAUUGUCAAGUUCCACCUCAUAUUGCUCGACGACACCCUCCUUCUCUCAUCAUAGGAAAUCUUAGUCAAGGUAUGAUCACUAGAUCCAAACAUCUUACUGAACAUACUGCAUUUAUAGCUCAAUUUGAACCUAAAAAUAUUGAAGACGCUAUAAAUAAUGAAUACUGGUCUGCUGCCAUGCAUGAUGAAUUGAAUUAGUUUGCUAGGACUCUAGUCUAGGACUUAGUCCCCAGUCCUAAAGAUAGAAUAAUUAUUGGAACUAAGUGAGUUUUUCGAAAUAAAACUGAUGAAAUAGGAACCAUAAUUAGAAACAAAGCCAGAUUAGUAGCUCAAGGCUAUUGUCAAGAAGAGGGAAUUGACUUCGAUGAAACCUUUGCUCAUGUAGCUAGGUUAGAAGCAAUUCGUCUUCUCUGUGCUUAUGCAGUCUCUAGAGGUUUUGAAUUGUACCAAAUGGAUGUCAAAAGCGCCUUCUUAAAUGGUGACCUAAAAGAAGAGGUGUUUGUCUCACAACCUCCUGGAUUUGAGGAUUUCGAACAUCCUGACUAUGUAUAUAAACUAAUAUAGAAGGUGCAUUGUAUGGACUUAAGCAAGCCCCUCGAGCCUGGUAUGAAAAUAUUAGUAACUUUCUAAUAGAGAAGGGUUUUCAUAGAGGACAGGUUGAUAAAACCUUGUUCAUUAAAAAUGAGAAUGAACAUACUCUUUUGUGUAGAUGACAUCAUCUUUGGUUCAACAAGCCAGCAACUCUGUACAGAAUUUGAAAACGAUAUGAAAAAUGCUUUUGAAAUGAGUCUUAUGGGCGAACUUCAUUAGUCAAUCUAAACAUGCUAAAGCAUUUCAAUUUUGACAACUUAAAAGAAGCUUCCACUCCAUGGGGUCUCUAUUAAGUUAACCAAAGAUGAAACUGGGAAAACAGUGGAUAUCAAGAAAUUUAGGGGUAUGAUAGGGUCACUUCUAUAUCUUACUGCCAGUCGACCAGAUAUCAUGUUUAGUGUGUGUGUAUGCGCUAGGUUCUAGAGCAAUCCCAAAGAAAGUCAUCUUUCUGCAAUUAAACGUAUUUUUCGCUAUUUGGCUGGAACCUCAACUCUUGGCCUCUGGUACUCUAGUGAAUCCAGUUUAGACUUAGUUAGCUACACUGACUCUGACUAUGCUGGUUGCAUAGUUGAUAGGAAACGCACAUCUGGUGCACGUCACUUCCUAGGUACCUCGCUCAUCUCCUGGUUUAGCAAAAAGCAAAGCUCAGUUGCUUUAUCCACUGCAGAAGCAGAGUAUAUUGCAGCUGGUUUCUGCUGUACUCAGCUAUUAUGGAUGAAAUAUCAGCUAGAAGACUAUGGUAUUCAGCUAGGAUCACUCCCUGUUAUGUGUGAUAACACUAGUGCUAUCAACAUGACAAAGAACCCUAUACAGCAUUCUCGAACCAAACAUAUAGAAGUUCGAUACCAUUUCAUUCGUAACUUGGUACAUGAGGGAAAAAUUCACUUAGAAUUCAUAGGUACUGAAUACCAAUGGGCCGACAUUUUCACUAAACCAUUACCCGCUGACAAAUUCUUACCCAUUCGUCGAGAACUUGACAUGUUCUCACUAGAGGAGAUAGAGGAUAUCUCUUAAGAUUAUGUGCCAUUUUGAUUACCUUAUUAACUCAGCCUUUCUUUCCAUCCUUCUUCCGAUAAAUCAGGCAGUCAGCCUCUGGCUACGAGCUGUAAUUUAUAUACCUUCCGAAUCUGAUCUAUUGAAUCCCUCCUAUAACUAGGACAGCUCUCACCCUUCACUUCAUUCUCACACACUGUUCCAAACCCUUUUCCAAAGAAGAUGCCUUUUAACAACUUCCAACUCCGCCCUGCCGUAGUGUUCAAAAAUCAAGGAUUCCGCAGUACCAUUGUUCACAAUAGGUACCUUUGCAGUUUCCAAGACCGGUCCAUCUAUCCAUCAUUCACCAUCCAUCCUUCCGCUUUCACCAAGUAUAAAAUGGACAUUCCAUCCCUACUUUCAGGGAUUGGCUAGUCCUCGUUAACUGAAGAACAAUGUUUCCUUCACUGUCCUGAAUCUUUCAGACAGCUUUAUGUUAAUCUUCGGCGUAGACGGGGAGCUGAUUCCCAUUCUUUCACCACUCUCGUGCAUGAUCAUGAGGUUACUGUCACCCCUGAUCUGCUCGCCUUUUUCCUUGCUUUGCCUCACUCCGGACUUCAGGCUGGUUUUGACGACGAGUUUGUCGAACUUGGCUUUGAUUUUUUUUUACUGCUCUCAAUCAGUUGACCCGCGACAUUGGGCUAACUUUUCCAACUUAGCUCGCUGCAGGUCGCCUUCCUGAUGAUCUGACAGUCUUCCACUUCUUUAUCACCCGAUGCUUCCUUCCUCGUGACAUAUCCAGUGUCACGAUCCUUCACACCACUGACCUCUGGAUCAUGUCCAACUCUCGUGCCCGCCAGCCUAUCAGUUAUGCCUCACUUGUGUUUGCACACAUGAUCAGUUUUGGCAACUGUAGUUAUAGUGGACCUAUUCCUUUUGGUCCACUCAUCACUCGCUACCUUUAUCGUCUCGGAAUCGAUCUCCGAGACAAGGUUGCUAUCUGCAAUAUCCAUGAUGAUCUGCGUCCUAAUCAUGUGUUAAAUCGGCUGGAUGCCGACGUUGGUAGCCGUAAGCUUAUCUCUGGAUCAGGGGGAGUAGCUGCUUCCGUGUUCUCUGCAAAUGAUGCCACCAGUGGCUUGGUUGCAGGACUGACUCAAGCUGUUGUUACAACAGUGGAAAAUGAGAUCAAACGCGGGAAGGAGGCUGGAAGUGCCUCGACUACCAAACUUCAAGUGUGCAAAGAAAGUUUAGAACUCUUGGAAACUGAUGAAGCUAUGCCUGCUCCUGAUAACUUUGAUCCUAUAUCCUCCGACUCGGGCUCUGAAGAUGAUAUCUCAGACUACGAGUCACCUCCCAACUAUCCUUUCUAGAGUUCUGGUUACUCUUCGCAGGGGGAGCUGUAGCCUUUUGAGUCUAAUAGUAGUCCUUCAAGGAUUAGGUGGCUAUAGUCAAGUGUGUCUUUUGUGGUUGUGUUUUUGUGUUUGAUAUAGGAUAUGUUUCUCUUGAGAAUUUGAUUGAAUGAAAUAAAAUAAAAGCUCCUCUUUGCAUUGCUGUAAUCCUUGUAUAUAGAACAGACUGCACCAAGAGUGUGUUAAGUGUGUGCAUAGAAUACAAUUGCAGCAGGAUGAGCCAUUGACAAGCUUAGGGGGAUCAUGUUGAGGGAAGCCUGUCAAUAGCAAAGAAGGAAAGAAUCAAAGAAAUCAAUCAGAACAAAGGAGGCAAGUCUCAAGAAGGAAAGACACAGCUGAUCAUGGGAAUCAAACCAAAAUCACUCUCCAACGGCUAAAAGAAGAACAAACAGACUAUAAAAGAAGGACACAAAGAAGAAGCAGGGUGCGGUUUUUUAAGAGAACAAAAGUUGUCUUUUGUGAGAUCAAAUAGAAGUCUUUUGAGUGAAAAAUCGCGAAACCAAGUCAGAGAGACUUGUAAGUGGUCUGAGUGUAGAAACAGGGAGUGGAUACAUCAGAGUUAGAAUCUGUUGGCUAGGCAGGGAGAUUGGCGAAUUCGUUCUACACUUGUAAAGAAGAACAAGUGGAGAAAUCGUAUUAGUAAUUAUGUAGGAGAUCUCAAGAGGAGACCAUGUAAAAUUGUGAAUGUUGUUCUUUCCUGCGUUUGUACUGUGAUCUUUGUUCUGUGGUUGCUAGGUUGAAGUUGAAACAGGGGAGCUCCAGUCUGAGUUUCAGGGAAGACAGUCAGCAACGGCGGUUGGGCUCGGAUCAGUCUAGGCCCACUUAGUAUAAGUAUCAAGUAAAAACAAGAGAUAAAGUGAAGCCCAGCCCGAAUAAAUUUUAGGGUAAAUACAAUAUAUUAGCCAUAACUAUUAUAAAGCGGGGAAUUAUAGCCACAACAAUGUAAAAUCAAAUUAUUAGCCAUAAUUAUUGUUGCGGCCUGCGGGUCAAUAUAUGGCUAACUGUCCAUUACUAUUAUUGAAUUUUUAACGGAGAAGGUCACGUCAUCGACCACGACAGCAGCCACGUCGGACUGCUUUUAAUUUAUAACUUUAAAACAUAAAACGUUAAGUCAGCAUUAUUAACGGAAUUGUUAACAAAGAGUUAACGUUUGGCUAAAAUUUGAAUUUCCAUAGUUGUGGCUAUAAUUCCCCGCUUCAGAAUAGUUGUGGCUAAUAUAUUGUAUUUACUCUAAAUUUUAAUUUGGAUAAUUAACAAAAUAAUAGUUUACUGUUCUUUUACAUUUUCAUUUUCCUCUUCGUGAAUUCAACACUUGAUCCCCUCUAGUGCGAUUAGGGUUUUUGCAGAAAACUCUAAGAGCUAAAAUCUGAAGAAAAGGGGAGUUCGGUCUCGCGCUCGACCACUCUACAUGGUCCUCCAGGGUCGAACUUGUUAAACCAAAGUCUCUGACUCCAGUACUCGUACCCAUUCGAUUUUCUUCUUCCUCAUUAAUCAAUCGUCUUCUUAUGGUCAAACAAAAUUGAUAAAGUAGAAGGAAAAUA